AUGCAGCUGCUGGGGCUCCUCUGCCUCCUCUGGAUGCUCAAGGCCUCCCCAGGGGCCACAGGAACUGUACCUACGGCCACAUCCAUCUCUCAUGUGCCUUUCCCCAGGGCGGAAGCAGUCCGCGCUGUGCUCAGCAAUUCUCCACACUCCAGAGACCUGGCUGGGCGGCCACUCGGUGUCCCCCAGCUCCUCUCUCCUGCUCCUGGCCACAGGGAAAAUGUACCUAUGACACUCGUUACCUCUCCCCAUGACACACUCAUCUCUGAAACACUGCUCACCUCUCCAGUCAGUUCCAACACCUCAACCACCCCGAUGUCCAAGUUUGCUUUCAAGGUUGAAACCACUCCACCCACUGUAUUGGUCUAUUCGGCCACCACUGAGUGCGUGUAUCCAACGAGCUUUACAAUCACCAUCUCCCACCCCACCUCCAUCUGUGUGACCACGAUGCAGGUGGCCUUCACCAGCUCUUACACCCCCACUCCCGUGACACAGAAGCCAGUGACCACUGUCACCAGGAAUUACCCUAUGACCACUACUGAGAAACGAACGUCAGCCGUGACAUCUCCCUCUACCACCUCUGCAAGGGAAACUCCCAUAGUGACAGUGACACCGUCUUCCUCUGUGUCAGCCACAGACACAACCUUCCACACUACGGUCUUCUCUACAAUUAGAACCACAGAAAGGACUCCCCUGCCCACUGGAAGCAUCCAUACGACCAUGUCCCCAGCCCCAGUAUUUACUACUCUCAAAACAGCAGUGACUUCCACUUCCCACAUCACUUCUUCAGUCACUUCCACCGAUACAGUGACUUCUAUGACAAAGACCACCUCCCGGCCCACAGCCACUAAUACACUGUCAUCACCCACCAGUACCAUUUUAUCCUCCACACCUGUCCUGAGCACAGAAACAAUCACCAGUGGUAUCACAAACACCACUCCUCUAUCUACCUUGGUGACCACACUCCCUACUACCAUCACCAGGUCUACACCUACAUCUGAGCCCACUUACCCUACUUCUCCCACCAGCACAGUGAUAGACUCUACAACCGAAAUCACCUGCUCCACAAAGGACCCCAGUUCUCUGCACCUGCACCUCUCCUCCUCUAGCCGACUCCAGUUUUCUGCACCCGUGCCACUCCUCCUGUAG